AUGUCGAAACUUCAAAUAAUAUCAAUUAUUCUUUUUGUAUGUUACUGUUUUAUUUAUGUAAAUGGUGGUGCUAUACAAAUAACAACUAGUAAUAUUGAUACAAUUCUUUCAUCAUAUGAUGUUGUUUUUCUUAAUUUUUAUGCAAAUUGGUGUCGAUUUAGUCAAAUGCUUGAUCCAAUAUUUAAUGAAUUAGCUGACAAAGUUGCCAAAGAAUUUCCUCAACAUGGUCUUAUUGCUAUUGGAAAAGUUGAUUGUGAUGCUGAUACUGCAAUUGCAACCAAAUAUCAUGUUAAUAAAUAUCCAACAUUAAAAUUAUUUCGACAUGGUCUUAUGACUAAACGAGAAUAUCGUGGAGCAAGACAAGUUGAUGCUUUUCUUGAUUUUAUUCGUAAACAACUUGAAUCAUCAAUAAUAAAAUUAUCAACACCAAGUGAUUUAUAUACAUUAGAUACAAAAAAACGUUAUAUUAUUGGACAUUUUGAUGAUGAAAAUUCUCCAAAUUAUAAAACAUUCUCAAAAGUAGCAAGUCUUCUUAGAGAUGAAUGUCAUUUUGUUGCAUCAACAAAUAAAGAUGCAUUUAAAACUGAACGUCCAUUAUCAGAUGUUAUUUAUUAUCGUCCAUCAUCAUUAUUAUUAAAUGAAAAAGACAGUUAUUAUAUAGGUUUAAUAAAUGAACAAGAAUCAUUAACAACAUGGUCUCGUGAUAAAUGUGUUCCAUUAGUUCGUGAAAUAACAUUUGCAAAUGCUGAAGAAUUAACUGAUGAAGGUUUACCAUUUUUAAUUUUAUUUCAUAAAGUUGAUGAUCAUCAAUCUGUUGCGCUAUUUGAACGUGAAGUUGCUAAACAACUUCUUGAUGAAAGAUCAAAUAUAAAUUGUUUACAUGCUGAUGGUGCUCAAUUUAUUCAUCCACUUCAACAUUUAGGGAAAAGUUUAAAUGAUUUACCUUUAUUAGCAAUUGAUAGCUUUAAACAUAUGUUUCUUUUUCCGGAUUUUCAACAGAUAUCAGUCGAUGGAAAAUUAUUAGAAUUUGUUAAAGAUCUUCAUUCAGGUAAACUUCAUAAAGAUUUUCAUAAUCCACCACCAGCAACACAACAAACACCACCAACAACAAUACCAUCCGUUGUUAGUGAUGGUGAAUCAAAAAUAAAACAUAUUCCAAAAACUUCAUCUAGUUCAAAUGAUGAUUCUUCAAGUUCGACAAAUAAUAUAAUAAAAUCUGGUUCCCAUCAAUCAUCUCCACCAGAAUCAGUUUUUAUUCGUUUAACACCAAAUCGUCAACGUUAUUCAUUUCGUGAUGAAUUAUAA